AUGCCGAUGUAUAAGCUUCCCGCUUUUCUCCCAGCUGACUUCAAUGUUCAACCAAAGAAUAUUGUAUACAAACUUGCUUCAUAUCAUGGAGAAUCUGGCGAACAACAAUCUUCAGCUUCUUCGGUUUCUUUGGAAACUGAUCCAGUGAAAGUCUUAGAACAAAAACAAUUGGAAUUGAUUGAAAGACUGAAAAAACAGGCUGAUAGCCUUGGAAAGCUCCUAGCAUCUGCAAAGCCAACAACCGCUGCACCACAAAAGGGCGCCGCCAAAGAAUCUACUCCACAACCAGCACAAGAAGCACCUAAAAAGGACAAAGAUGCGAAAAAGGAAGCGAGAAAGGCUGCUAAAAAUGAAGCGAAAAAUAAAGUUGCAAGUGGAGAUGCACCAGCGCCGAAAAAAACAGCCACAUCUGCUGGUUCUUCAUGGACAAUUGAAGACGACAGAAAAACAUGGGAGACUGGACUUUCGCUCACUGCCAAUAUUCCAUCAACACUUGUGAAUUAUCCACAAGAACCUUUAGGACAAAUUACAUUGACAGUUACGAAAUCAGAUCUUGUUUGGGUGCAAAGUCUUGCACUUGUUGGUCAAAAACGAUCAGUUUCUUUCACUGGAAAUGUGACGAAUAAAGUUGGAAAAGAUGCGAAAACAACUGUGAAUGUUAAAACUGGUUUGUUUUUUUUUGGUGAUUCAAAAAAUGUAUUUUCGUAUUUUUUUAGGUGAGGAAGUUUCAUUGACAAUCAACAAAGUCACAAUUCGAUCAAGAGCAACAGUCUGGAAAUCGCUUGGUUUGGCUCUUGGAUUAUUUGCAAGAACAUCACAACAAGUUCUAAGCUCCGCUCAUCAAGCACUUUGGCUGAACAAGGUUAUUAUUUUGAAUCUAUCUAGAUUUCUCAUAGCUUCAUCUUUUUUCAGUCCAACCAAGUUCUUCUGAAAACCGCUGAUUUAUCUCUUCUCGAACGUGAAGCUUCUCAAUUCUUGGCUCGAUUUGAUUCUCUCAGCUCUCAAUGGGAUAUUACUCUUGCUGAUAUUAUUUUCAGAAGUCUCAUCAAAGCCACAAACACUCUUCCAAACAAUGUUGAGAUUUGGGCGAAGAAAAUCGAUCAACUUUUAGCUUAA